AUGUCGUGUGUUAACAAGAUAUUUACCCGUAAGUACACGACGUUUAUUGGUUCUCUCUUAUCUGCGAGGAGUGAAGAACUGUGGUGUGUUAGUAUUCCAAGACAAGUGGUCUUACUCGUUUGCAUCCCAAUGGAAGAGGACACGAGCGUGAUAUCUGCGCUUUAUCCACCGCCUCCACCUUACGUGAAGUGUUUCACGGACGAGAAUGUGGGACGACUAAGGUCACUCCUCAAGGAGAAUGGUGGUGAUUUGGAAAGGCUAGAUGUUGAAAACACUGAACUCCAGUUCCUAGUGCCACCUCAACAGCCGUCAGGGCCAUCGUAUCGGUCGUUUGGAGACAUUUGGAACUUCAAGGACAAGUUUAUGACUUUGGAAGAUGCGGGAAUUCCUCAGUUGUAUGAUGGUGGUAGCACGGGCAAUGGGGCUGGAGAUGACGGUGAAGAUGAAGAAAUAUUUACGCGGGAGAGAAUUGACGAGCUCAAGAAACUUGCCAAAUCUCUACUACUCAAUUUCCUGGAACUACUGGGCAUUUUCGCAAAGAAUCCGGAGUACGCUAAGGAGAAGAUAUCACAGAUACGAAUCCUGCUAAUAAACCUCCACCAUCUGUUGAACUCAUACCGUUUGCACCAAUCACGUGAGAUUCUAAUUCUGAAAAUAGAAGAGAAGAUCAGCCAAGAUACUGAAGAGAUAGAAAACAUUGAGGAAGUUUGUAGGAGUGUGGAGGAGAAGAUACGGACGUUAGUCAGAGAUAGAAUCGAUUCGAAGGUGAAGGCUACAGACGGAGAUGUUGAUAUGGACGAAGUUUUGCCCGAGCAGACCAAGGAGCAAAUUCGUGAGCUUGAAAAGCAGGCCGUGAAAGAUAUUCUAGCAAACGAAGGUAAUGAUAGUCAUUGA